AAAGCAUCUGAAGCUCAGCAGUGGGAUUUGCUGUUUCACGGGUGUUGCAACUCAGCUCAGCUAAUAACAGAAACUAACAAAAACAAUGUCUUACAGAGAAACAGACGGUGUGCAUUGCAGAAAAGCUCAGCCUUCACAUGAAGCAGCUGAAAUGCAUGUAGGAACUCAGAGGCAAAACAAUGGCAACAUUAAUAUCGUCCUCCUGGGGAAAACCGGAGUUGGGAAAAGCUCAUCAGGAAACACCAUACUGGGAGAAAACAGAUUCACAAGUGGAAGAAGCCUGUCUCCUGUCACAGAUACAUCCAGCAGUGUGAAAUCAGUCAUUAAUGGCAGAUCUGUGUCCGUCAUCGACACUCCUGGGUUCUUUUCUACUAAUCUUCCAAAAAAGCAGCUGGCGAAGGAGUUAGCGAGGAGUGUUCAUCUCUCUGCUUCAGGAGUUCAUGCUUUCCUAUUUGUUGUGCCGUACGGCAGGUUCACAGAGCAGGAGGAGGACAUACUGAAUAAAGUGGAAAAGGUUUAUGGUAAAGAUGUGCUGAAGCAUGUGAUAAUCCUCUUCACAUACGGGGAUGAAUGUAACAAAGAGAAAAUUCAGAAAGAGAUAGCUGGAAAUGAUUUUGUCAGUAGAGUUGCAGAGAGAUGUCAUGAUUAUCAUGUCUUCAAUAACAGAGAUCUGGAUGACAGACAGCAGGUCAGUGAUCUACUGAAGAAGAUUGACUCAAUGGUAGAGUUUAAUCAAGGGUGCUACACUAAUGAGAUGUACGAAUGGGCACAGAAGACCACAUUUGAACGCUUCUGGAAAAUUCUCAAAGAGCUCUUUUAUGCUAUUUAUGAUUUUUUUCAGAGCCUGUCUAAUACAUUUGAUAUUAGCUCUUGGAUAACAAAAAUGGAACUAUACAUGAGAAUUUCUGCACAAUCAAAAUAA